GAGCUUCCUCAGUCGGCGUCAAUCACAGCCAGCUUCAGUAUCCCUUGUGGAACUAGACGAGCUCGUGCGCUGUUGGUUUACUGCUAAUGGUAGUGUUUGUGUGGUUGCUUCACCAGGUCACAGAUAACGUCUUGAAUUAGAAGUUUAGGAACUGAGGCCUUAGGUUCGUUAACAUCGUAAAUCUACCGAAGCGAGAAGGCCGUGGAAACAUUUGUAAAUAUUAGAGAUCAGUCACACCAUCAGCAGACGAAGUAGGAGAACAAGAUGAGAGCCUGGACGCGGGUCCUCGUCGCCAUAGCAGUGACGAUGGAAAUGGGCGUGGUCGCUACGAUGUCAAAGGUGGAACUGGUGAACAACGGCUAUGAGGGCGUGGUAGUGGGCGUUUCUUCGCGAGUGGAUUCGUCUAUGGCCUCUGAGAUCAUCGCCAGCUUGAAGAAAAUGCUGAAAGAAGGUUCGAAGGCGAUGCUGAAAGCCACGAGGAACAGAGCCUACCUGCGUGACGUCACAAUCAUGGUGCCUCCGAGCUGGACACACGUGGAUGAGGAGGACCCUGAGGAGGCCGUAUUUUUGAAACAAGAGGAGAGCGACAUCCGCGUGGACGUCCCGGAUAGCGUAUACAGAGACCAGCCUUACACUCUGCAGACAGGUGUAUGUGGGGCUCCGGGCCUCUACAUUCACUACACUCCGGCAUACCUCACGGAUGACGAGCUAGUGCGAUGGUGGGGAGCGAGAGGCACCAGCCUAGUCUACGAGUGGGCCAAGCUGCGCUGGGGCGUGUUCGACGAGCUUGGAUAUCCAGGCGACCCGAAGUACCCCGCUUACUACCGCAGCGGGCGACACGGGGAUUCUGUUGUUCCGACUAUGUGCGGGCCCAAGGUCUUAGAAGGUGAAUGGAAAGACGAGAAGGAAGACGAAUGCCCCAAGAGCCCCGACGGCGCCCCGGCCGGAUCAUGUUAUUUCACAGCCUCUAACUGCUCCUCGGUGUCCCUGAUGUCCUUCUACUCUUGCCAUACUCCCAAUCUGGAAUUCUGCGACAAGAAAACUCACAAUUCCGAAGCGCCCACGAAGCACAACAGGUUAUGCAACCACCUAUCCGUCUGGCAAGUCAUGGAGCAUCACCGGGACUUCGCCUCUGGAGCGAACCCUCCUUUGAACUCCACUGCCGCCCAGGAAGUCCCGGAGCCUCGCGUGCGCGUGGUUCGCGAGCGGCCGCCGGCGAUAGCGAUGGUCAUCGACGUGUCCGGCAGCAUGACCUCCCAUAGGCGCUCCGCGAGGCUGAAGCGAGCCGUAUCUUGGUGGAUACUUCGCGAUGCUCCCGACAACACCUCCCUGGCCAUUCUCGUAUUCUCCGACGACGUGAAAGUCGUACAGAACCUGACCCAACUCGACAGCGAAGCGACAAGGCGCGCCCUCGCCGCGAGCUUGAAUCACCGGCCGAUGGGCGGAACAAGCAUCGGCUCUGGGCUCCUGAAGGCCAUUGAGGUUUUGAAGGACGAGACCAGCAAGCUGAUAUUCCUCGUGACCGACGGAGAAGAGAACGAGAAGCCUUACAUCCGGGACAUGAUGGGGGAUCUUCUGAGCUCAGGCGCCCGGCUCAUCACGCUGGGCAUUGGGAUGGACGCGGACCCGCAGCUUCAUAACUUGACGAAAGAGACAUCCGGGGCUUCGUUUCAUUUCCUCGACGAGUCGUACAGCUUCGACAUAGAAUACAGCCUCGAAGCCAUCCAGGAUUUUAUGCCUUCAGUAACAAAGAGCAGUGUGCUCUACCGUAAAACAUUCCUAAACGUGAGCCAGAUGACCAUGCUAAAGGAUCAGUUCUUCGUUGACUGCUGCCCGAGUAAGAUGGAUGUGAUAAUUGACAUGGAAAGUGGCAUUAACCAGUACAAUCCGAAGCUUAAAAACCCCAAUGGCCAGGCUGUUAUUGGUCGAUUCGAGGAUUUGCUGCAAGCGUGGGUUUUUGACGUGAGCGAGCCCGAGACCGGAAAAUGGGUUUGGAGUGUUAUGGUGGAACGUGGAGCAAGAAGCGUAAGGGCCAGUGUUAAGGUACAGACUGACGAUUCCUCCUCCAUCUCGGUGCGAAAUUGGAGAAGCAGUUCGCCCACUCAGAAAGAAAUUAUCUUUAUGACUGAAUUAAAGAAGGGAGAAUGUCCAAUUCUACAUGCCAGAAUAAGCAUCAAUAUUAAUGAUAUCAACUCGAGCGAUAUGGUAAGCACGACGCUGCACGACGACGGCGAACACUCCGACCUGCUCAGCGGCGAUGGAAUUUAUUCCGGCUCCUUGAAGAAUAGCAAUGGAAUCUUCAUAUUGGCCACCAGGAUUGAUGGAAUGAAUGCGACUAUCUCAUGCCCGGUGAGCAGUGAGGCAAGACGCCGGCGCCGGCAGACUCGACUGCGACCCACUUAUUGUUGUGGGAGCACUGUUACCACCGCCGCGGAUUCGGUGCCCACGGGGACGUUCAACAGAUCCAGCAGUUCGGGAUCCAUCGAAAUCACGGACGUCCCUUCCAAAGGCUCACUCCCACCUUCGCCUGUGCGGGAUCUGCAGGUGUCAGCGCUGACGCCCAACACAUACCAGCUCUCCUGGACUGCCACUGGCGACGACUUGGACGACGGCGUGGUAAGUGAAUACGAGCUGCUUCUGCUGGACAGCUGGACGGGUCGCGCCAAGGCUUUCGAAAACGUCCGCCCCAUUAAACUCAGUGAUGUGCUCGAGGGAGACUUCGACACCCAAGUGCUCCUCGAGGCCGGGUCGAAGAUCGUCGUUAACGUCUCGCUGAACCUCGACCGGAAGAACUACCUGGCCAUCAGAGCGGUCGACGCCAAGGGCAACAGAGGCAAUGUGUCCGCUGCGGUCACCUUAAAUUUCAUUGGAAGCACUGCAAGCGUCACCACCAUUGGAAGCAGUGCAAGCGUCACUACCACUGGAAGCACUGCAAGCGUCACUACCAUUGGAAGCAGUGCAAGCGUCACUACCAUUGGAAGCAGUGCAAGCGUCACUACCAUUGGAAGCACUGCAAGCGUCACUACCACCGGCAUCAACAAUAACAACUCACGGAAUACAGCGGGAAACUCUACAAAGAUGGUGGUCAUUAUUUUGCUUGUAACAUUGUGUUUGGUAACGAUAGCUGUCUUUUGCUCGGUGCACUACUGCCGCAGGAAGACAAACUGGAGGCCGAAGCUGUGAAAAAUGACCACCUCUAAUGUCAGUUGUCUGAAUAGAGACCUGCGAUGAUUUCAUGCUAGCCUACAGAUAUAAUUAUCAGUAAACAUCAAUUACUAUGCAGAUAGAAAGAAAAACAAUCUGUGAUGAAACCUGGAUUCAGUGUACCGGUGUUUUGUGUUCAUUUUUACUGUUUGUAAAUCAUCACUGACUUUGAAAGAUCUAUAUUUAAUUAUUUUCUGAUGAUAUUGCUUGCUUCUUAGAUUAUUGCCGUAAAACAUUUCAAAAGGUGGAUUUCUUUUGCUAGGCUCAUAUUAGAUUCCUUUCUAAAUGUUAAUACUCGCAUGUAUUAGUUUUCGGAUCUCGUCGGGAAUGUGGCACCUUGCCGACGGUGACGGGGCUUGCGACGAUGAAUGAAGCUUUGCCGACAUUGGAAAGGUCGAGUCAGAGAUUCCAGCCGACCACAUCUACCCUACCUACCAGCACUGGGCCGGCGUGUUAGGGUGCGGCCCCUUUUCUCGCUGUGAUGCAAACCUAAGAGGCAGUCAAAAGACCAAGUGGAGAGGUGACCAAGACGUAUUCGCAAUAUUUUGGCCACGGAUGGCACAAGUCCGGCAAAGGUGGCGCAGAUUAGCGAGAGCCUAUGUCCAAUUCAGACUUUCCAAGGCUGAAGAGGAAGAUGUAUAAGUUACGAAAUCAUUUGUUGAUAUCACGCGUAUAAAUAAAUUCUUAUUCUCUCACACAUUGA